CAAACUACAUACAUAGACUAUCCAACCCCCCCACCCCCCCGUCGCAAUAUAUGACGGCCGCUGCUGUCAGUUGAAUCGGAAGAAUAACUAGCAACUGCAAACACCCGACGCUCAACACCACCCACUUCAAUUCAAAACCCCUCGACUUUCUCAAAUUCACAUUUCGCUUCAGCGACCGUCGUCAACCCUCGCGAAAGCGAGCCUUGAUCCAGCGAUUGCCGAAGCCCACCCACAAACACAACACAACCAACACAACACACCAUGGACAACACCAUGGAGGACGUCACCCCCGUGCUGCAGCAACAGCUCUUCCGCGAGCGCCAGCGUGAACGCGAACAACUGUCCGAGCAGCUAACCGCCCUCAAGAGUCUGUUGCGACUCGACGCGGACGGCAUCGGCGAGCCCGUCGACCUGCUCGAUGUCAUCGAGGAAACCAAGGCGAAUUUGGAUCGGUUUUCGACUUCGGUGCAGAGGCAGGGUGCGAUAAACACGGCGAGGACACCGCCGGUGCAGACGGGUGGAGGAGGAGGGAUCGAGGGAUUCCAAUUCGGGAUUGACGGCGAGGCUGGGGCUGGGGCUGGCGCUGAGGUUGAGGAACCACAGAGUCCUGAGCGUGAAAGGAGGUUGUCUGAGAGCUCGUCGACGAGGAGCAGUUGGCGGAGCUCGCCGGGGAGCAUUGCGAGCACGGCUGCAACGAGUGUGUCGCAUAGGGACUCGAGACGGUCGACGUCGUCGCCGCCGGUGUUCCAGAGCCCUUCGCCCUACCCCGGCCGGUACCGCGGGUUUGGUGAUAUUCAGGAUAUGGCCCAUGAUGAGUAUGGGCACGAAGACGAGGAGGAGGAUGACGACGAUGAUGAGAAUGACAUGUCGGAUGCGUCGUUCGAGCGGUUGUCGACCAUCCUUGCGUCGCUGCAGCAACAGGCCGAGGCCGCUGUGAUCUCGUCCGCGCCGCCGACCAUCGAGGAGGAGGAGGAGGAGGAGCCGGAAACGCCCUUGUUGUGGGGCGACGGCGGGAAUGCGACGAAUGCGACUGCUACCAGUGACCACUCCCUCGCUUCGACGAUGACGAUUUCGUAUCGACGGCGAUCGGCACCGAUUACCCCCGGAUUGACACCCUCCAUGAUGCUGUCGAUGACCGGAUCCGGCCUCCCAACGGCGAUUCAAUUCCCGCGAACGGCAUCGGGCUUGCGGAGAUCGAACGCCGAGCAAGCGUUGCUGCCUCCGUUUUCGCCCGUAACCGCAUCGAUGCCAUCAUCCCCCCGGUCCUCGAGCAGCUUCGCAGCGAUGGCGGGAUUGAUACGGCGGAAAACGACGACGGGAGUGGACGGCGUGACGGAAAGCACGGCUGCGGAACUGGACAUCGAAGGGAUGCUGACGGAGUUCCUGGAGCUGGCGGCGAGGAACGGAGAGCAAGAUAUGAUGUUUCGCUGGGUGUGGACAUACAUGCUGAGUGGAGGGAUCGUGUGGAUGUUUGUUGGAUGGUUUUUAGGGUGGGGAUGCAGCGGAUGCGGGGAAACCCUGGCAUGUCAACAGCGGUAACAGCUGGGUUUCGAUCUCUUCAUUUUUCUUCUCUUUUUCCCUUUCUUCUUCACAUUCUACGGAUGGAAUGUUUGGCUUGAUUUGAUACCCCUUCAUUCUGGUAUAGACGGUUCCUUUGCCGGUCUUUUUUUCUUUGCACUUUUUUUUUCUUCCAUCUUUUCUU